AUGACCUCGAGCUCGUGCUCCUCUGCACGUCCGGGACACAGCAGGAAGAGCCUAGCGCACGUGCGCACUGUUUGCGACGCACCCUCGUCAACUUCGCCUCACAACCCGGAAGUGCCUGGCCUUGCCGUUGCUAGCUGCCGCGACACGUCAACGCGCCCGCCAUAUUGGAAAGGUCUAUAUUCGAUCGCCUCAUUUACACCGUACCUGCGUCUCUCCAGUAGCUCUUCUAGCUUUAUUGAUGUUAAAUACAUCAAAUCGUAUUGUGAUGAGUUUCCUCUCGGUGUGAGACAGAAGAUUGUGAUGAAGCUCAGUAUUUUUCUCUCUCUCCUGCUUGUGGAGUGUGUGCUCUCUGCUCACUCUGGUGUAUUCAGUCAGAGAAGCACAGAGGGGAGGGACAUCAUCCUCUUCUGUAAAAACGAGGGAUCGGUAAGCUGGGACAGACGCGCCGAUGGAGGGAGAAUUCACGUCUUCUUUGUUCAAGAUGAGAAAGACACCAUCGUCUGUCACCGUGGCCCAGAUCGAUUCACUGUGCUAGCUGAUUCAUCACUGCUGAUAAAGAAAGCGUCAGUGUCAGACUCGGGGAUUUACUACUGUAACGAUUCUCCUGUCGUCAAUCUCACUGUCACUCCAUCACAAGAGAGCUCGACCAGCACUUACACAACUGCAUCCUUCAGGAAACCCACAGGUGGAGUGAGUGGGGUUGAGCGAGGGCUGAUGUUCGGUGGUGUUGGUUUGGCUGGUCUGGUCUUUCUCCUGGCUACAGUCGCUGCAGGCAGAGCGAUCGCCCAUCGAGCCUGGCAGGCAGGAAGAGACUCGGUUCUACUCAGCUCAGAUUAGAGAAGACAUAUUAUUUGAUCAGCUAAAAAAAAUUCUUUCAAAAGAAAACUGUUUUUAUACACUCUGAUUCUGUAUUUUAUAUUCUUCUUCAUAUUUGUAUUAUAUGAGACUGUAAAUUGUUUAACUGCCUAACUGUCUCUCCAGGAAAACUUGAACAAGGCGACAGAAAGCUCCUGUUCAAGAAUCUGGAGUUACAUCAGCAGAGACAUUUUCCAUUCAAACACAUCGAAUCACAAAGAUUGUUCUGGACACUUUUUAUGUACUGUGCUGUUUGUAUCAUUUAUUAUAGUACAUAUAUAUUGUUUGCAUUUAUUAACGUAAAAAUAAAUGAAUCCUGUAAAAAAUCACGUGGAAAACAA